AUGCUAGGGGAGGGGCAAAAGCUGGCAGCAGCCACUGCAGGACAGCCAGGCUCCACGGCCAGGAAGCCCCUCCAACCCUCUGACCCUCCAGGUGGGCACCCCCGCCCCAGCAUGCCUCACGGCUGUCCUCAUUCCAGCAGGCACCCAGGCCGAGCCCAGCGACGCCGGACGGACAGCCCUGGCAGGGGAAGACUCGCCCGGCAGAGACAGGAUGCAGAGAUGGCCUCACCCCUGCAGGGAACCAGGCCCCACAGCCACCAUGGAAAAGGGGGCCAGCUACAGGCAGAUGUCCAAGUCCAGGACCCGGGAAGGUGCCCUUCCCCGGGCAGGGUGGGCCUGACCGCAUGCUCCAUCCGAGGGCUAGGACCUCGGGCUUCCCGAAGGUCCCACGGGGGGGCAGGGGCAGCAUCUUCCCAGCGGGGCCGCCGCCCAGGUGCCCCCAUGACAGUGGCCCGCAGCCGCAGCCGGUUCAUCCACCGCCAGAGACCACCCACUCGGACCCAAGCCGGCUCCAAGAGAAGCAAGCGGCCAAGGAUCCGGCGGCGCCGUGCACGGGCACCAGGCUGGGCCCAUGAGAGACUGAUGGGGAGUGGCCAAGAGGAGGGGCUCCUGCAUCAGCUGAGCCCACUGGACCAAGAUGCAGAUCUCCUGGACGAUGCUGAUGCUGCCAGGUCCCCAGCUGCCCUCCUGGAGGAGCUCCUGCUGCGGGGGGAGAAGGGGCCACACAGCACUGUGCCCUGCACCGGGCAGGGUCCCUUCUACUAUAUUGGAGGCACCAACGGGGCUUCAAUAAUCAGCUCCUACUGUGAGAGCAAGGGCUGGCAGCGUACCUGGGACAGCCGCCAGGGGGACUACACGCUGAAGUGGUGUGAGGUCAAGGGUCGCGACAGCUACUGCAGCUUCCGGGAAGGUGAGCAGCUGCUGUUCCAGCUUCCCAACAACAGACUCCUCACCACCAAGAUCGGGCUGCUUGGCGCCCUGAGGGGGUACGCACGGCUCAUGGACAAGGCCAAGAAGAUGUCCCUGUGCAGCCCCACCAAGGUCCUGCAAAUGGAAGAGUUUUUCCCAGAAACCUACCGUCUGGACAUCAGGAACGAGAGGGAAGCCUUCUCCGCCCUGUUCGAUGAAACCCAGAUGUGGAUCUGCAAGCCCUCGGCCUCCAACCAGGGCAAAGGCAUCUUUCUGCUCAGGAACCAGGAGGAAGUCGCCGCCCUGCAGGCCAGCACCCGGCGCGUCGAGGACGACCCCACGUACCGCAAGGCGCCUUUCCGGUCGCCGCAGACGCGGGUCGUGCAGAGGUACAUCCAGAACCCGCUGCUGCUGGACGGGAAGAAGUUUGAUGUGCGCUCUUACCUGCUCAUCGCCUGCGCCAUGCCCUACAUGGUCUUCUUUGGCCAUGGCUAUGCCCGCCUCACCCUCAGCCUCUAUGACCCCCAUUCCAGUGACCUCAGUAUCCAUUUGACCAACCAGUUCAUGCAGAAGAAGAGUUCCCUGUAUGUGCUGCUCAAAGAGGACACAGUGUGGAGCAUGGACCACCUCAACCGCUACAUCAAUGACAACUUCAGAAAGACCAAGGGCCUCCCCAGAGACUGGGUCUUCACCACCUUCACGAAGCGGAUGCAGCAGAUCAUGGCCCACUGUUUCCUGGCCGUCAAAUCCAAGCUCCAGUGCAAGCUGGGUUACUUCGACCUCAUUGGCUGUGACUUCCUGAUUGAUGAGAACUUCAAGGUGUGGCUGCUGGAGAUGAACUCCAACCCCGCCCUGCACACCAACUGUGCCGUCCUGAAGGAGGUGAUCCCAGGCGUGGUCAGCGAGACCCUGGACCUGGCACUUGAGACCUUCCAGAAGAGCUUGCGAAGCCAGAAGAUGCUGCCGCUGCUGUCGCAGCGCCGCUUCGUGCUCCUGCACAACGGGGAGGAGGACCCGGGGCCGCGCCCGGGGGCCCUGAGCAGCCUCCUCCGCCCGCUGCCACCCCGCGCGCGCAGGCCCGCGACACCCCGGGACCCCGGCGGCGCCCACGGCCCGGGCACGGCCGAGGAGGAGCGCGAGGAGCGGAAGGACGCCAGCCGGAGCAGCUCCUAG